CAGUCUUUUAUUAUUUCGUGUUCUUUUGGAUUCAGCAGCAAUGAGCAGCGAGCAACGAGAGAUGCGAGUCACCGCUAAGGAAAUGGCAGACGCCCAGCUGCCCAUCCACGCGCGCGACUACUGCGCCCACCUGCUCAUUCCGCUCAACGAGUGCAGGCGCGCGACCACCUACCUCCCAUGGAAGUGCACCGACCUCCGACAUGCCUAUGAAGCAUGCGAGUAUGACGAGUACAAGCGACGGCUGUUGAACAAGGCCCAGGCUCACCAUUAACACACUAAUCAAGCAAUGAUGCGUCCAGCUGCAGAAGUUUUCGAGGCGGUGACCUUUCUGGAGGGCGAUCGCCUGCUUUGUUGCUUUCUUUGCUUUUUUUGCUUGUUUUUCUUUCUUGUGUUCCUGUCUGUAUCAUCUUGGCUGUAGGAUUUGUUUUGGUGUGCGUGGUACGAUGGUGUCUUCUAAUGUACGUGUGUUUCCGUCUGGA